UCAGAGUUCGAUGACGAGGUUGACGAUUCUGACCUCCCCUCCGGACACAUAUGGGCCUACCCAUGCAAGCUUCUCUCAUGUCCCGACUAUGGCAAGUCCUGGCAGCUGCGAAGCAGCUUUCUCGCCCAUUUGCAGGAUCGAGAGGCACAUAUAUCCACAGCAACGACACCUGCCGCACGCCGUUCGAUCGAGUUAGCGUGGCGGUAUGCCACCGAUCCCUAUCUACCGCCUCGAGCGGCCCCAUGUUUUCUUUCCCGAGAAGAUCCAGACGAGCAAGUCUGGGAUUACGGGUUUAAAGAUGAUACUGGCAAGGUCAUAACUGACACGGGCACACUGAAGGAAAUGGAAAUACACAAGGCUGCACUACGCCAG